UCGGGUACAUUACGUGCUGUCACUAUCUACUCCCUCCCUUCCUGGUGUACUCGCACGAGCGAGGAAGCUCAUACUCGCGGUAGUCACUCACGUGUAUUGACUGUCCGUAUAUAUAUACCUGGCUAACGCCAAGGCAGUUGCCCAGUCGUGUGCGGUCUGUCACCGUUUCACGUUAAUUUCGUCUCGCUGCUCGCCGUUACCGCCUCCCACCCUCGGUGACAGGCCAGAAAGAAGGAGCCCAGCAUCCCGCGAAAUCGACGAAAGUUAUUUAUCUAUCCAUCAUCCCGCGUUCGUCGACCACUUAGCGGUCUCUGGCGGCGAGAAGUCAUCAAUCUUCCGGAUGAUUACGCGCGCUGAUAACGUCUCCGCCGUCGCGAGAAUAAACCCCGGGAUCGCGCGGAAACCAUUGUCGGCGAUAAUUUUCGAUGGGAUUCAAGGACAUCGCCCACGGACGAGCUAUUAGAGACAAUUGAUCUCGGAGCCGCAAAGUUCUUCAUGGUGGAGCCACGCACGAGUUCCCAUCGUUAUCGAGGUGAAAUCUACCCGAUCGUCACCUCGCAGCGCGAGCGUGCGAUCUUCGAAUUACUUCCGAUCUUGCUGAGAGAUUCGCGCGGCGCGAAUUCGCGACGCUGAUAAAAUAGGUACAGUAGCCCACCGAUCAGGAUCAACCGGGCAUUGUCUCUUUGCGCAAUUGUAUAUAAGCGCCAGGGAUUCGUCGGGAUCGCGAUUCGUCUGGAUUUUGCCUGGGAACCUUGUAAAUCACACCUGGAUAGCUUUAACAAUCCGCUGAUAAAUAAUUAUCUCGUUAUAUUACAAAUACAAUAGCCUUUAAGAGAAAAAGAAGGCAGUAGGGUACGAGACCUUGGAUAGAACAGUUCUCGCUCGACUGGAGCUCACGUGACCGUUUCGUGCUCCAAAAGAGGGAAAAUAGAAAGAGACCGAGAGAAAAUAAAGGCUUUUGAGUAAGCGAGAGAUUGCGUCCGAAAAAGAAAACGUUGAGUUAAACGGAAGGAUCGAUAUUUUUAUUUGGGCGAGGUGACAAUGUGAAUCUGGAGGAUUCAGCGUACCACAACGUCAUCAGAGAGAGAGAGAGAGAAAUUAACGUCCUUUGUGAAUCAAGCAUCUGUGUUCGCGUCCACGUCUCAAUACGCAAGAGAUCGCCAUGGGUCGAGCAGAGAAAGAACAAUCGGGCAAUCCUAUGACGGAAUUCAGUAGCAGCACGAAGAUCGCACCGAGUAUCGGUGAAUAUAAAGAAAAGGAUGAACUGCACUACGAUCCUUUCGAGCAUCGUGACAAGCAACAUGCAACAUCGGAUUUGGGUUCCUUGACGCAUCUCCUCAAGUCGUCUCUGGGAACGGGAAUCCUGGCCAUGCCGCACGCAAUAAAGAACGGCGGGCUGCUGUUCGGCGGGGUCGGCACGAUCAUAAUCGGCAUGAUUUGCGCGCAUUGCGUGCACAUACUGGUGCGUACGUCUCACGUGCUCUGCCGGCGCACCAAGACGCCGAGUCUGUCGUAUGCCGAGACAGCGUACGCGGCCUUCCUCUGUGGACCGAAGCCGAUCAGGCCUUGGGCCAACGGCAGCAAGAUAUUCGUGAACACAGCACUGUGUGCGACUUACGUGGGCGGCUCAUGUGUUUACGUCGUGUUUAUUGCCAAGUCCAUUGAGCAGAUCGUGAAUUUUUAUACGGGGAGGACGGAAAUAGACGUAGAGGCAGGGAGGGGAGUGGACAUACAAUUCUGCAUCCUCUCGCUGAUCCCGGCAUUGGUACUGCUCGGUCAAGUGCGCGAUUUGAAAUAUAUGGUGCCGUUCUCGACACUGGCGAAUCUCUUCAUGUUGACCGGCUUCUCAAUCACGCUCUACUACAUCUUCAGUAGUAGCAGUCUGCAGUCGUUGGAGAACAAGAAGCUGAUCGCCACACCGGGAGAACUGCCCCGUUUCUUCGCGACUGUGAUAUUCGCCAUCGAAGGUAUCGGCGUUGUGAUGCCGGUGGCGAACAACAUGAAGAGUCCGCAGCACUUCCUAGGAUGUCCUGGCGUGCUCAACGUCACGAUGACGAUAGUUGUCUGCCUAUACGCCAUGAUGGGGGUGUGCGGUUACCUCGCGUACGGCGAGCAUGCUCGGCCUAGCAUCACGUUGAAUUUACCAACGGAAGAGAUUCCAGCCCAAGUGGUGAAGAUCCUCAUUGCCGCGGCCGUUCUCUUUACUUACGGUCUGCAGCUCUUCGUGCCGCUCGAGAUCAUAUGGAACUCCAUGAAGCACUUGUUCAGCCAUAAGUAUGCAGCCAUCGGCGAGACGUUCAUGAGGAUAUGCAUAGUUAUGAUAACAGUGAUAAUGGCGCUGCUAGUGCCCGAUUUGGACCCAUUCAUUUCUCUAGUCGGUGCAAUAUUCUUUUCUAUCCUCGGCAUCAGUAUUCCAGCUGUCGUCGAGACGAUUUCGUGCUGGGAAGGCCAUUUGGGCGCCUUCAAAUGGCGACUAUGGAAAAAUUCUGUGCUACUUGUAUUUUCGUUAUUAGCGUUAUCGUUCGGUUCGUGGAUCUCAGUGCAAGACAUAAUGAAGCUUUAUAAUGAAGAAGAAAAAGAAAAAUUGUAAUAUUUUAUUUAGCGUUUUAUCUCAAUUUUUCUUACACACCUGGAACUCCAGUGUCGACAAGAAACGCAACGAGGUCUUUUAAUACAACAACUAAUUAAGCGCGAUGCACUUUUGUUAUUUUGUAUUCUCGUUACUUGCGUUUGUAUUUGACUCGUGGAUCUCAGUGUUAGUUAUAAUGAACUAUUAUAGUUAAUAAUAAAUUUUACUAAGUUUACUGUUUUAACAGCGUCCCUACUUAAUUUCCUGUAUAACGCACCUAUUGUCGACUGCUUAUGCUGAAGAUGAGACGAAUUGAAGGUUUCAGUGCGAGAAUGAAAAAAGAAAAAGAUCUGUGGCUGAUAAAGUUCACAGAUCAAGUACAAAAACUACUUACACACUUUGAGUAUAAUUGUUAAAAAUUAUGAACAUGUAUCAUUCAUUUUCGAGAUCGUGCUUCGUCCUUGCGCGCCUCGUCUACAAUGUACUCUUUGCGUUUAGAAGCAUUCUAUUUUGUAGCCAAUAAAUACGUUUGGAAAC